AUGAUGGAGGACUUUGUGUAUGCAGCGGCUUCUGCCUUGUGCUUUUACUGGAGGGAUGUUCUGAAGAUUCUGUUUGAAACUCUUGUGAUAUACCUGGUGGUGCGAUUCAGGUACAAGUCCAAGGCUGAUGUCAUAGUCUUUCCGAAGCAUGUGAUUGAUAGGCUUGUGGAUGAGUUCAGACCAGAUAAGUUGAUAACGGAUGUUCCCAGCACGCUGAUUCUUCCUGGUGCAUAUCCUGUUGAUGCGCUGGAUGUAGCCAGCUUCGAUGUAUUUUGCCUAGGAAUGCAGAACAAGGACGAGAUUGUUGCUGCAAUAAGAAAAUAUGGCGUUGGAACGUGUGGCCCAAGAGGGUUCUAUGGAACUUUGGAUGUUCAUCUUGAGCUCGAGUCUGUUAUAAGCACACAAAUGGGAGUGGAGGCAUCCAUAGUGUAUCCAAACAGCUUCACUGCUGUCAACAGCGUCAUCACAUGCUUCUGUAUGCAACAGGAUGCAGUGUUUUAUCACAAGGAUUGCAAUGAAGCAAUCUUGCGAGGCAUAUGUCUUUCAAGGGCCAAGGCAAUAGAGUUUGCUGAUCUUAGCGAUCUUGAAUCAAAGCUUGAGGCCUUCUUCGUACCAAGGCAGAAAAGCUUUGUGGUUGUUGAGGGAUUGUUCAGAAACACAGGUGCAGUUAUAGACAUACGAAAGCUUCUUGAUAUCAGGCGUAAGUACCGAUUCCGGAUUAUUCUAGACGAGUCUUAUGCUAUUCCGCUGCUGCACAAGCAAGGCGUGUGUGGAAUGAACAAGGUUGCGCUCCGUGAGAUCGACAUCAUGAUAGGAUCGCUGUCCCACGGGUUGUGCAGCACUGGUGCAUUUGUAACGGGCACAUCAUAUACAAUCGACUAUCAGCGCCUAGCAGGAUCCUCAUACUGCUUUUCUGCAUCUACGCCAAGUGCAUUGAUCGUGGCUGCGAUACUGAACAUCAAGACUGUCUUUGACUAUCACGCACUUCAAUCAAUCACCGAUGAGUUUCACCGGAGAUUUGCAUCCGCCACAUAUGAGAUUGUGUCGUCCAGAGCCUCCCCGAUGGUGAUAGUUGCAAAGAAACCCGAGUACAGGAUGAAUGUGUCCAACGAUGCAUUACUCAAAGAAGUCCUGGAUAUCCGAGAUGCAUUUGCGCAAAGCAGUGUCAUUGUUGGGUUCAACCACAAUCCCACACCUUCGCUAAGGAUAUGUCUAAACAUUAGAAUGCGUAGCGAAGACAUCAGCAAGCUGCUGCUAUUGAUUAAUAAAUGGUGA